UUGUGGCUUACAUGGCUACUUGCCACAUGAGUAAAUUAAAGACGAUGAAUUGAAAUUAAACACUUUAUUAGCUCGUAACAUAAAAAAACUUUGUUGGAAAAUGUUGUCUUUCAGCCGUAAGCUAAGUUUAAACAAGAUGAACAUGUAAUUUGUUAGUCAUUUUUAAAUAUAUCAUGUAUGUUAUUAAAUUUUUUGAAAUACAGAAAUACAAGUAUUUAACACGUAGGAAGUAUGUGAACAACAUUCUAAUAUACAAAUAUGUUAUUAAUUAGUCAUAUAUGGACAAUUCCAUCAUUAUGGAUGUGACAUUUUUUGUCAAAACUUGUAAUGUAAAUUCUCAGAGAAAGUUUUUAUUACCAAUAUAUCGAAUCAUCUGUUUAUAUUUUACUAAACCCUUGAUGAUAGAGUCCAGACAUCAGAAAAAUAUCAGCCUAAGCUUGAGUUUGAAAAAUGUAUGUGUUAUGGAUGUGACAAAAAAGGAAACAUUUUUGAGAGAAAACACUUUCUGUGAAUUAAAAUAUAAACCAGAAGCAAUAAUACCCAACAAAUGGAGAAGGAAUGGCUCUUUGUAGAACAUAUAGUUACUAUAUUUAAAUUUUGAUGUGCCCAUUUAUGAGGAAUACGGACUGUUAUGAAUGUGACAACUCACUUACCUGACUGUGGUAAACUAUGCUUUAAAAACUUUGAGACUUCGCGUGAAUAUUUAAACCACCAAAUAUUGAAAUCUGACCUAACAGCAUGGUGAAAACCUUUGGUAACAAACUGAUUGUUCAUCCUAAGGUUGACAUUUGCAUGAAAUUGCCCAUUAAUUUUUGAGUCAUUAAACUGCAUUGGUCAAGAUGACUCACAGUUCUCGGAUGACCGUGGUUGUUAUCUGGGAAUAACACCACAUGGAAUGUUACGACUGACCGAUCUGAAUCAAGUAUUUAUUCUAAUCAAGUACUUAUGUAUUACGAUACAUAAGAUAAAUCAUCAUUUUUGGACCAAAAGCUGCCUCACCAUUAUUUCUCUUAAAGACAUUCACUUCUCAAACAAAUCUUUCAAAAAUAGAAUUUCUACCAAUGCCAAGAUCCUCUCUUUAGAUGCAAAAGCAACAAACCAUUGAUUGAAUUCAUCUGUCAGUAAAUUGAAUUCCCACUGAAAUGGUGUGGAAAAGCACUGCAGAAAUGAUUCCAACCCUAAACAUUGUUAUUUUAGUAUCGCACUUGCCAAAAUGCUGAUGUUUUUUCCAAGCCAAAGCAUAUUUGCAGCUAAACAUCAACACAGCUGUCAAACACUGAAGUCGCUUAGAAACAAGUGCAGAAAUGCCAAGGCAGUUUACGAUGUUUAAUGAAUACAUCACACCCGUUUUGUGCACAUUAGCAUUGGACUCAUUAAAGCAGGUGGUUGAGAUGAACGAGAUAGCGGCGAGCCAGCCAGGAACGGUGCAUUCACCGUCUCUUCUGAUACCUUCUUCUCCGGAGACGAUCAUUUUGAAAUGUAACGGUUCCUGACCUCAGCCAAGCCAUUGAGUCAACCCAUCUCACUUCUUGCUUCACAGUCACACCCACCAUAGGCAGCAAACAGGCCCAGGCUUAAUGAACUCACGUGUAGUGUAUUUAAAACCCUGUGGGGUCUUAUGAGUUUGAACUAGAAAUGAAAAUUUGAAAUGGAUGCUUGUGCGGACUGGGCCCGUUGCUGGGAUACGUGUGGGUGAAGCUGGGCAGUUCAGUUAAAUAUGGGUCACCACAUUGUGUGAAUAGUCUCAUCCCUACAGUCAUUUCAUAUGGCUUAAUUUAUUAAAAAUAACUCAAUAUAUGUUAAGAGCCAAGAGUCACUUUUUGAUCAUAUCUCAAAGCACACCCCGGCUGGUAGUUCAAAUUGAGCUUGUCUUGCAAGACUUCAAAAAGCUAUGCAUUGAUCGGAGGAAGUAAAGCUAUUAAUGGAGCACUCAGGAUUGAAGUUUUUCUACGGUCGGUACCAGAACAUAGAAGACCAUCGUCUUAUUUUUAUUCAGAGUGAAUAGCAACAGGAUUUUUCAUUCCAAAGAAUUCAUGACAAAGGCUUCAAAAUAGAGAGUUAGUUCAAGUUUGUAUUUAUGUGCCUUAAUGUAUUAGGGUUUAUAUUGUUGUUCUCAAUCCAGCAAUGCAGCAAAAAAAGGGUAACAAGCUUCUAUAUUGGACUCAUUUCCUGUCUCAAUUAUAGUAGAUUAACUGAGUUUCAUGGAGGUCUGUUUUAGAUUAUUGUCUAAAGGAAAGAAAUGAAUCUCAGAUUGUGGAUUGUAACAUACGUGAUAUAGGAAAUGUACAGUCCCAAUCAAAAGCAGUUGUAACGACAUGAAAGAGAAAAUCCAACAUUUUUUUGGAUUUACUGAAUUGUAUUGAUAUGUAAAACCUGUGUGUUGAAAGUUUCAGCUGUAUAUGUGGAGAUCUAUGCGCAACACCUGACGCAACUGUCAUGCGGAUGACUUUUAAACAUGAAAAUAAAAUCAUUCGUGAGGAUCUUUCUCCACCCAGAGGUAGAUCGAUUAUUGCACUCUAGGCCUAUGACGUCAAGAUGACUGAUAAAGAUCCGAGUUGAUCCGAGUUCAAACACAGCACAAUACAGUCUGUGGUUAGUCAGAAACCUGGCAUUACACGAUUAAGAAAAAUAUCUCUGUUUGACAAGAAAUUUAGCUCAUUUGACUUAAUGUAAUAUUGCCACUUGCUUAUUAGGUGUUAUUAGGGAGAAAUGGGAAACCUGCAUCGCUUGCAGCCAUUGUUUCCGAUGUGAAAAUGCAAUUAGAUGAGCACAAAUCUAAUUGGCCAAUUAUCGGGCGGCAGCACAGAUCCACGUUGACGUUUAGCCAAUUUUAUCCGCUACACCGCAUUAUUUUCCUCCGUAUACUUUUUUUAGAUGAACCGCGUGUCCCUAAUGAGCUUUCAGCACCUCAGAAACCAUUCAGAAAUCAUUUAGCUUUUGUUACGUCAUUCCCCCGCGCCUCUAACGCAACGAUGAUGUCAACAUGCACAGUUCUCCGUGCUAAGGACGUCCUGUUUUACCAAAACUUACCCAUGGGAACAGAGAGCCAUAGUGUACAGGAGAGAAAAUAAAUAGAGCUUGUAUAAUUGAGGAGUAGGCUAAAUUAAUACUGCAUUAUGAACUCUUGAAUUAUACACGCUCAGUUUUCUGUGUUGCAUCAUGUGGAUGAAAAUUCCUUUACUGUUAUUCCUACAAAUUAUGUCACCUAAAAGAUGUUAUAAUAGACAUAUCCUUUAAAUCUGUAAUACAUACUUUGUUUGUGUGUUUUUGUGCAAUUAUUUAAAAACAAACUGAGUUUAAAGCGUUCUCCAAACAUUUGUCUUGAAAAGUGUCACAUUUAUUUUCAAUCCACCCAAACAAAUAGGCUACUGCGUGAAAGUGUGGAAAUUACGCAUUUCAUUUUUCAUAGAGUACAAUCCCUAAUUUAAUGUAUGUUUAAAGCCUAAGUAAUAUUGUUACUUUUGUCUGAGUCAAAACGGGUUUUAUGCUUUGUAUUAGCAAAACUAAAGAUUUAGGCCUUCAUAAUACACUGUAUUCCAGAUGCACUAUGAGGGGCAGCUAGAGUAUCAGCAUAAGUGCAUUCAAAGCGCUACAAAUACUGCAGUAUCAUUUAUCAGAGUACAUGCAUGCUGUUGUAACGAGAGGCUGUUGACCAUGUCCAGUCAGAUAUCCCCCUCUGUCUUUCUGCCACUUGGCCAAGUCCAACACUGUGGAUGUGAAGCUCUCUUCAACACUGACAAGUUUAAACAUCUAGCUUGCUGUGGAGAUUUCUCCCUAUUUAAGGUCUCCCUCUGCUGGUAAUAAAAAUGUGCACAUACUCAAAAAUGAGAUUUUAGUUUUUCCCACAAAGCCCCAAAAUAAUAAAAAAUAAUUCAUUGCAAAAUAUAUCUUCUUUUGUGUUUAGCAGAAGAAAGAAAGUCAUACAGGUUUGAAAUGACGAUGGUGAGUAAACAAUGGAACUGUCCCUUUAAGUAUGUCCAGUAUAUGUUGCGUGAACUUCAGAAACCUGACAAAUAGCUAACUGUUCUUAGGCUACAUAAGUUGCACAUCAAAAAUGAAUGAGAAAAUUGUUCGGUUCAUAUGUGAUAUGGUUGCUUAAAAUUGAACAUAUCGUCGAUGUCCUUCUGAAACCUCAGAUGUCCAAAUUUGCUGUUUUUCAGGAAAUGGGAAAAACACAGUAGCCUACUUAUUAAAUGGUUAAAUACUGUGCUGUGAAAGUUGACAAGCAAAAAAUAAAAAUCACGAAAUAUGGACACACAAGGUUUCAGAAGGACAGCAGUGAUAUAUAAAAUUGAACUUAUACCUCACGCCGGAUGUCUUGAUUCCAAAAAAUAUCUCUAUAGAAAAUCAUAUUCAUUUUAAAAAAAGUAUAAAGUAUAGGUUGUUCUCUCUCCAUGAGACAAUUUAUGUUUUAUUAGUUUCUGUGGGUUGAUCUUUUCUAUUUUUAUCUGUUCAUUACAUUCGAUUUUCAGUCUACUGCAUUAUUAUGCUGACUUGCUAUUCAGAGCCAUUGCAUUUAAGCUUAAGAAGCAGAAUGUUCACUGGAUGGAUUCUUAACCUUUCUGUAAACAGCUUAAAACACUCACAUUCAGAGCCUUUAAAUAUCAUUGAUGGCCCACUUUUAUAAUGCUCUAAACAUAAGGGCCCAUCAGUAAAAUGUGGUAGGUCAAGUAUCACAUUUCAGAACAUGAAUGAAUAUUUUACUCUUCAAUUUAACUGUAUACCAGUACAGUACAAUUUUGUCCUUUUGCUUUUGUCUGUUGGACAGGAAUAAUUUGAUUAACACAAUGGAUUUCAUUGGUUUCUUAUGGAGUCCACAGGUUUUAGAAAUAAAAUAUUUCUAGUGGAUGAAAUUAUGGCAAUAGUUUUUACGCAAAACAUUUCGUUUUUGUCUCAAAUGAUGGCCUUUGCAGAUAAAAAUGUAAUAAAAACUUUAGUAAAUACAUUUACAUUUAGUCAUUUAGCAGACGCUUUUAUCCAAAGUGACUUACAGAGAGUUCAGGGAGCAAUAAACGAUGUGUCAUACAUGAGCAAUAAUACAAUAGGUGCUAAUAAUACAAAGUUAGUUUUAACAAAAGCCAGACCUAUACCUGUUGAGAGAAAGAGAGAGGGUUAGUUUUUUUUCUCAUUUGUCUGUCAAGUAUUCACAGAAGAGAUGGGUUUUAACAAAUAGAAAGGUUUUAUUUCAAAUUUUCCAGUUUCUUCAAUUCCCGUUUUACUGCUUUUGCUGUCAGUUUUUACAAUGUUUCUAAAUUGUCAACUGAAAGCACUUUGUCAUCAGUAUUAGUGAAACAAACUAGCGUCAAAUAGUUUUGUAUUUUCAGCAGAUUCUCUUAAGCACUCAUUUGGGCCUCUCCGAUUGGUUGUUACUGUGACAUCUCUAUUGUCCUUCUCCACUCACCUCUUGUGCACUGACAAAAAAUAACUGCCAAUAGCUCAUGGAAAUCUGCCUGCCGUGGCAUAAUUGAGCUUCACGCUAUUCAUUCUGAUAGCACAUUUUCUUGGAAAACAACAUAAACAGGUUGGCAUUUUUCACAUUAUAUGUUGGGUUUGUUAUUUUAGCUUGUUAUGUUGUUAUUUCACAUUUCAGUUACAACAGGUGAUUUUAAGCCACAAAUUACAGCAGUUUUUUGAAAAUGUGUAAAGAUUUUUUAAUGCUAUACAUUUUUUCAUUGUGUAAAUAUUGUUGUCAAGCUCAUUUAUCUGUACAGAAGUUUAUUCUGAACAUAAAAAGUGACAUACUGAGGAUCUGUUUAUCUGAUAACACAUUACCUGAACUUAUGGUGAAUAAAACCAUUUACAACCACAUGUAUUUAUUAUUGCAGAAAUAUUGCAAAGAAAAAGUGUUUUUAAAUCCAAAUAGUUAGUCUUUCAUAAACAGCAAAAUAUGGUUUUGCCUAUUUCAUAUACAGUAAUUGAACCGUGUUAUACUAGAGUGUCUGUAGGUUCAAGAUGUACAGCUUUAUGGGCGGUGGAUUGUUUUGUGCGGGAGUGGGGAACAUACUCCUGGUGGUCUCCACUGCCACCGAUUACUGGAUGCAGUACCGCCAGUCCAGUAGUUACAUGCAUCAAGGUCUGUGGCGCUACUGUGUCCCUGGAAAAUGCAUGACACACACAGACAGCAUCGCAUACUGGGAUGCUACCCGUGCAUUCAUGAUUCUGGCUAUCCUAGCUUGUUUCUUCGGCCUCAUCAUUGGUGUUAUGGCUUUCAUCAAUUACUCCUUUAACGGCUUUGACAAAACCUUUGCUGCGGGAAUUCUCUAUUUCAUUUCAUGCUUCUUCGUGCUGUUGGCCAUGGCCGUCUACACUGGGAUGACAGUGAACUACUAUGGGAAACGUUACGGGAAUUGGAGGUUUUCUUGGUCAUACAUAAUGGGUUGGGUGUCUGUGGUGUUCACAUUCUUUUCAGGGAUUUUCUAUAUGUGUGCAUACCGUAUGCAUGAACCUAGAGGCCCCAUGUCACGCUGAUCCAUCUGAACUUUGCUAUCUUCAUCUAUUCAGUUUGAAUGCAAACCAUCAUGUCAUCCCUGCUCCCUUUACUUUAGAUCUUUGUUUUAAUUUACAGUGAAUAAAUGACUAAUAAAAUGCUUGGUUUGUUUAAU